UUAAAUACGAUGUUGGCAGGAUGGCAGUUUGUCACAUGACAUUCCAGUUCGUUGUGUAAACGUAAACAGAGAUUCAACAAGCAUUACAUGACAUGAUAUGAGGAAGAGAUAGAAUUGUUUGUUUAUCUACUGAAAGCACUUUCAUAUAGAGAUUAGCUCAGAAAGAAGAGCAGUAACACAGGAGCCGGCUAGUUGUUUUGACAUUAUUCCAUCAUUGGUUAAUAUGGCUAGAAAAUGCAAUUUUGUUCUGUUCUUGCCCGUCGUUUUAAUGCUAGCUUUACUUGCAGCAAUGUCUCACUGUGUUCCAACACCACCGGAGUUCAGUGAUACUUAUACUGUUAAAGGAACACUGUACAUCCCAUAUGCUGAGAUCCGUGAACCUUUCUAUUCCUGGUAUGAUCUGAAGCUUGGUUCUAGCCGAAUUGAUUACUAUGGAGGAAUGGUGAAAACAUAUCAACUAAGCAAGUUGGGCGAGUAUGGUUCCAGUUUGAAGGUAGCACCAGUGACAACAGAAAAAGUGCAGAAUUUGAAUUCUUGUCUACAAGUCAAUGGAAGUAGUGGGAACAGAAUAGAACCACAGAGUAUUCUGCCAGAUCUAACGGGUUUCAAGUUUCUUGGUGAAGAACUGGUAAAUGGCUUAAUAUGUGAGAAGUGGCGCUUAGUGGAUACAAAGGGGACCAAGGUCAACAAGUAUACCAUGUGGAUUCGUUACAAGAAGUCUCCCAGGGUCCAAGGUGCAAAAGUAUCAAUUCCUGUUCGGUAUGAGAUGAAGGGAUACAAUUCUCUAUUAGGUUCACAUUAUGAUCACUACUACUUGGAAUAUGAUUGGUACUCUUCUGACACACCGAGUCCAGAUGUGUUCACAGUUGCUGAGAAUAUGACCUGCACUAGCUUUCCCGGUCCAGGAGACAGACACAUCUACACUUUUAACCCAAUGAAAGAAUUUAUACAGAACUAUGAUGAUCACAUGGAAACUGCGUUUGAUCACUUUCGACACAGACACAACAAAGAUUAUGCUGAUGAAAUGGAACAUGCUAAAAGAAAGGAAGCUUUCCGUCAGAAUCUGAGGUUCAUCCACUCGAAGAACCGAGCUGGUCUUAGUUUCCAGUUAGGCGUUAACCACUUGGCUGAUAACACAGAGUUGGAAUUGAAGGCCUUGAGGGGAAAACAAUACUCCAGAGGUUACAAUGGAGGUGCCCCUUUUCCAUAUAGCAACCUUGGUAGCCUGACUAAGGAUCUUCCUUCAGACCUGGACUGGAGAUUGUAUGGAGCUGUAACCCCAGUUAAAGAUCAGUCUGUAUGCGGCUCAUGUUGGAGCUUUGGGACCACAGGUACCAUCGAAGGGGCAUACUUCUUAAAAUAUGGUCAUCAGGUACGGCUGUCACAGCAGGCUUUGAUCGACUGCAGUUGGGGUUAUGGAAACAAUGGAUGUGAUGGUGGUGAAGAUUUCCGCUCUUAUCAGUGGAUGAUGAAACAUGGUGGGAUACCACUUGAGGAUGAAUAUGGUGGCUACUUGGGCCAGGAUGGUUAUUGUCACAUAGAUAAUAUGACACUAACAGCAAGAAUUACAGGCUAUGUAAAUGUGACUUCAGGAGAUCCUGAUGCUCUGAAGGUGGCAGUGGCCAAACAUGGUCCUAUUUCUAUAGCUAUUGAUGCUUCUCGUAAAACAUUUACAUUCUAUUCAAAUGGCAUAUACUAUGAUCCAGAGUGUGGCAAUAAGCCAGAACAGUUGGAUCAUGCAGUGCUGCUGGUUGGGUAUGGAACCAUUAAUGGCUCUCCCUAUUGGUUGGUGAAGAAUUCAUGGUCAAACUACUGGGGGAAUGAUGGCUAUGUCCUUAUGUCACCAAAGGAUAACAACUGUGGUGUUGAAACUGACCCCACAUAUGUCACCAUGUAGAACAUGCAUGCAACAUUCUUAGAUGACUUUUUUUGUCAAAGUAAUUUGUGAUGUUUUAAUUAUUCCAUGACAUUGAUAUUUUGAUAUGGAUUCUUGACAUUUCAUUUUAUUUUUGAGUAUUAAUUAGAAGGAAAAACAUGUGUACUAUUUCUUGCCAAAUGUCUUCUCUUAUUAUGAGGACAGGUAAACAGGGUGAUUUAAAUUAGUAUAUUAAUUUGAAAGGAGAACCAUGAAAGAACUCUGAAACAAAAGAGUGUUAAUGUGGUAUGAAAGACUGAACCUUUUGGAAGUACAGUGAUGAGAAUUGUCCUGUGUGAGUGGUGCAGUGUUGGUUAAUUUCUAGCGGCACUGUAGUGGAAAUCUUGAACACUUUUAAUGGGCUUGAGCUGACAGUAUGCAUUUAAAGUACAGGUCUGAAUUGUUAUUUCAGGUUUGAGUUCUUUUCACUUCAUGGUAACCAGGAAAUCUCAAAUUGAAGAUUGAAUGGCAGAAGAGGACGUAACUUUCGUUAUCAUAUUUCCUGGAUAUCCUGAUCUAGUAUGUACUGUUAGCAUUGCCCCACUCCACCACAUCAGAUAACAUAGGUACUAUUCUUAAUGCACCCAUUGAUCAAACUAUUUAUGUCCUUCAGAAUUAUUUACUUAUACCUGCUACUGUUGAUAAAAUAUUAGCACUAGAGAACAGUGUUUUAAGAACACAGGAUAUGAAAUAUAUCUCUGUACUUCACAGGACAUUAAAAUAUGUAUUACAAUCAAUACCAUA